AUGGCUUCGGGUUCAUUUCGUCUAACGCAUAAGAUUAAAUACGUCUUCACUGCGGCUUUUACUGCUUUCUUAACAUCCAAUUGUGUUUCAUCAUAUGAGCAAAUACCUUCGACAUAUGAGUCGGACACUGGACUGAAAUUUCCUGAAUCUGUUAUCGACCUUGCCUGUUUAACCAACACAUUUCCCUCGAAAUAUAAACUAGUAGCAAAUGAAAGUCAGAUUUGUUCUACUCGACUGUUCAAUAAUUACAAAGAAAUCAAACAAAUCAAUGGAUUAGUCUAUGAUCAUACCGAUGAAUCAUUUAUCUCCAAUACUUACCCAUCAUUAGGUAUUAAAGGUUUGCAUGUCAAAGUAUUCGAGAGAAAUCAAUAUGUUUUUAUUGUUGUGCGUCACCAGGAACAUGAAUCUAUACUAACCGACGAAAUGAACGAAAUGAUGAGUUUAUUUGGCGCAGCAGCCACGGUCGACCGUCAACGAGGAAAUAAAGAAGCAUUUGGUGCAUCAGUAGUAGCAUCAAUGAUUCGUUCUGUACGACAACGACUUGGUCUCGAUUAUUUACCACAAGCAAUAGCAAUAUUCAAUCAAGUUCAAUCGCAUUAUAAAGAUAGAGCCAAUGUUAAAUACGUCUUUAGCGGAUUUAGUGCAGGCGGAUUGUAUGCGAUUGUUUUGGGUUUAUAUUUCAAUUGGCCAGCGAUUACAUUUUCGGCCACGGGUGUUGAUGAUAUCGUCAAUAUUUACUAUUCUGAUUUAUUUGCCAGUCAAACCAAACAAGGAAAUAUAUCACCGAUAUAUAAUUUUGCACACAUAUUGGAUCCUAUCCCUAAACUCGAUUGUCAAUUAGGUGUCUUAUGUUUGUAUACGCCAGAAAACCUUGAUAAAAAUCAACAAUUUACUGAAAAAGAGCUGGAAUCAUUACACAUAAGUACCAUAUAUGGUCAAUCUGAUCCCGCAAUUAUCCAAUGGCUCGGACAAUUACAACAAUGGACCUGUUCACCAGCGGAUCAUUAUAAUUUCAAAUAUGGUAGUUGUAAACGUGAACGACUACGAUGGGAAGAUCGAGUGAAAUCGAACUCAGUGUCUAAACAACGAACUGAAAACGAAUUGUGA